AUGGACAAUCCAAAUGAUCCCCCGCUAGACGAGAUCCAAUGGCGGUCUCCCCAAACCCUCGCCAGCAUGGGCGGCCUGCAUUCCAACACAAUCCUCUUCUACUUCGCCGAGUCGCCCUUCUUUGAGCGCACGUCCAACAACGCCGUCAUCACCAGCCAGGCUAUGAACAACAUCGCCAUGUACCACUUUAUCCAGACGCGCGAGGCAUUCGAGGGCCGCUUAAAAACCAUGUCGGGGCUGGAGUUCAUCGUCGGCGAGGAACCUGCCGAGACGGGGCCGGGCAUGGGCACCGGUGUCUGGGUGAUUCGCAAGCAGACGCGGAGAAAGCGCUACCAGGAAGAGGACGAGAUCACGGUCCACGCGUCGUUCUUCGUGGUGGGCGAAAAUAUUUACAUGGCACCCACGCUGGCGGAUAUCCUGGCGUCAAGAAUCAUGACGAUAUCGUCGGCCAUUUCAAAGGCCCUCCCCGCAGCGGAGAGCGUGCGCAAAUGGCGCCCGGCAAUGGGCCACGUAUACCAGCUCCCCGCGAAUCAAGCCGCCGCCGGCCGCGCCAAGGGCCAAGACUCGAAGGAGGACACGCCGCUACCAGACACCGCGGCCAAGCCUGCUGCCGCGGCGCAAAAGAACGACGAGGUGCCGAUGGAGAGGGCGGCAGAGGAGGCGUUCAUGGCACACAUGCGACACGGGGGCGAGUACAUUGACGAAAAUGCCAUUACGGGACGGCCGGGCGAAUUCCACCUCUCGUCAACGGGCAGAAAGGUGGUUGUGCCUCUGCCGAAGAAGGGGCCGGACGGCGUCGGCGCUAUGAACGGCCCGGCGGCCAUCAGCACAAAAGUCGAUGCGAAGAAGGAGGGGAAGUCGGGGCGGACGCCGAAAUCUGCUUCCACGCCUGGCAAGUUGAAAAAGAAAAGGAGCAAGAUGAGUGCUACAAAUACGCCAGUGGCCACAUGA